GUGCCUCCUCCUCAGAUGUAUUCUUCAGUCAGUGGGCUGGAACUGCAGCGGCGGCUGGAGGAGGCCAGACUGAGAGAAAGAAAGAGAGGGAGCGAGAGAGAGAGAGAGAGAGAGAGAGAGAGAGAGAUAGAGCAUGAAUAGAGAGCGGGUGGAGGGGCUGUGCAACGUCUGGGUCAGCGUGGUCUGUCAUCUUGAACGAUUGAAGCGAGAGCGAGCGAGCGAGUAAAUGAGAGCGUGUGUGUGUGUAUGUGUGUGUGAGAGAGAUAGAGAGAGAGGGAGCGCAGCAGGAGCGAGGAGGUAGAGAUGUCAGAGGAUGUGGUUUUCCUGAGCUUGCAGAACACAGCGCAGGCAUAGUUUGAGCAUGACCUCAACGCAGGCACGCAAGAAGUGAGCUCUCCGUGCUCCGCUUAGCUCCUCCGCACAACUCGAACCAGCGGGAUUCUGAGUGAACAGAGCCGCACGAAAAAAAGUGCCCACCGAGGAACCCACCACGGACUCGCUCUCCUAAUCUGGAGCUCCAGAACUUCACAAAGGAACCUGGGAAUUUUUUUGACACACGUCAUUCCACGUUCUUUUGUUUUUUUGGGGGGGGUUUUCUGCUUCAUGCUGUUUGUGAACUUGGAGGUGAAGAUUUCAGAUUGCUGAGACUUUACGCACCUGUGGAUCUCUCACGGCCAAGCAGGAUCAACGUGCACUCUGAGAGCAGAGAUGGGUUGUGGGCUGAGGAAGAUCCGUCAGACAGACGACAGUAGUCCCGGGAAGAUCUACUCAACCCUCAAGAGACCGCAAGUAGAGACCAAGAUUGGUGUGGCCUACACUUACUCCCACGUGGACUUCCUGGUUGGAAAAGAAGAUGUGACGUCAACCCUGUGCCUGUCCUCGGUGCGAGAGCUGCCAUCCCAGCUCCAGGAUCUCUACCAGCAAGGCUAUGUCCUUAUCGCUGUCCAUCCCUUCGUCCACCCGUGUGGCCCGGAGAUUGCCAGUGUCCAGCGACAGCUUUAUCGAGCGGUGCUCAGCAAAGUGCCCGAAAGUUCAGAGAAAAGUCCAUCAGAGUUUGAGCCGUACCAUCUGAAGCUGGAGGAGUGUUUGUCUGCAGAUCAUACUCCGACCCCGGAGCACAUCCAGGGAUACGUGAAAAAACAGAUUCAGGAUGCAGCCGACCAGGGCAUCUUGUUUUCCGGCUUUAUCCAGGAACCGUCCGGUCUCCAUCAUCGCGUCACAUCACGAGGAGGCCUUGCAGAGGCGUCCUUGUCUUUGCACUCCAGUCCGAGUUCUUUACGAUGCUCGGAGCUCACAGCGAGCCCGAGUCAUCAGGGUGAGAGCGGCGCAGAGGACUGGGCUGCAGAUGGAGAGACGGAAGAGCCAAAAUCCUCUCGAGGUGGAGAUGCUCUCUCAGACGUGGUGUCCACGGUUUCUAAAUCGGAGUGUUGUGAUGGAGAGCAGGAAGAUAUACCAUCGCCCAACAACAAGGCCAAAGACAAGGACGGGAAUGAAAAACCCUGCAGGCCGACUCUAGGCAAAUGUGGUGCUGAACUUUUCGGCUUGUUUAACUACCCCGGUGGGCGCCAGCAGCCGCUGAAAUACUACACGGUAAAGGUGCCUCUGCAGGUGCAGCCUGGUGACGAGGGCAGUCGCGCCAUCGAGGCCCAAUGGCUGGACAACAUGACGCAGCACUUCAACAACGGAGCCUCGCUGGUCGACGGCUACUUCAGUCUGGCCAAAGACGACGAUCCCCAGCCUAAGGUCAUCGACAGCGUGUUUAUUUUCCAAGAGGGAGACUCCAGUGCAAGUGCAACCUACGACGCCAUCGUGGUCGAGCAGUGGACCAUUAUUAACGGGGUUCAGGUAAAGACAGACUACAUCCCUCUCCUGCAGUCUUUGGCUUCAUUUGGAUGGAGGCUCACCUGCGUGCUGCCCACACCCAUCGUUAGGACAAACAGUGACGGAAGCGUGUCCACUAAGCAGAUCGUGUUCUUCCAGAGACCAACACUGCCCCUCAAGAGGAGACACUCCAAGAAAAUCAUCUUCAGAAGCCGAAAGAACUCGAGCAAGAACUCGGUAAAAGACACGCUCAAAAACAAGAAGAAGAAGAAUGCAACAGAAAAGGAGCUGGACGAUCAGAAGAUCCACGAUGGUGUGGGGAAGGAGAGUAAAGACAGCACGGAGACUGCAAAUGAGAAUAACGCUGAAAACGAAGGAGGAGACAAUGCCGAGACAGACGGAGAAACGAUGGGGAAAGAGCGACCAGAUCAGGAAGAACGGCAAGAGAACAUGGAAGAGGUUGAGGCAGAAGUGAGGGGAGAGACGGACGGGAAAACAUUGACUAAUGGAAAGCAAGAAGAGGCAGGUGAUGAGAUAGAGACACUCUCUGACGUGAAAAAUGGAGAGACGGAAGGUGAAGAGGUGAAGAAAUGUGGAGAGGAAAACUACCAUCUGCAUAAUGGCUUGGAUGAGCAAGAGUCAUCAACCAAUGAGGCGCAAGCUAAAAAUGAACACGGCACCGACAUCGAGCACAACGUUCCGGCCAACCAGGAGUAAGAUUUUUGUUUAUCCUGUUUCUGAAUGUCAAACAAAAACCUUGUCUGUUCUCGAAAUCUGCGCUUUGAAGGAGUGAACAUGAACACUUUCUCACUGCGUCUGCAAUUCGCAUCAAUAUAAGCACUGGAUUUUAAGACCACCUGAGGAUGUGUAUGAUGUAUAUAAGGAGCUCGUGACUGAUGAUACUUAUUAUUCACUUUGCUCUCGACUUGUUCGAAAUUCGACAAAGCAGCAGAUCCAUCCAGUGGACCUAAUUAACACGAGGAAUGGCGGAGGACGUUUUUUUGUUUUUAUUUUGCGAAAGGCAAUCUGUUCUGAAGGAGAUACCGUCACCUCGUUUUGUUUACAGUCUGAAUAUGAAUGCUGAGUCGCCAGUUUACCAGGAUCGGCAACUUUCGAGCCACAGCCGGUGACCAGUUUAUCAGGUGGGACACCAGUCCAAAACCAAAUAUUAUAAGUCAAAAUAUGUCCACUAUUUCAUUAUUACUUAUAGAAAAGUAAAAAAACCAUUGAAUGCAUGCAGAAGCAAUCACAAGCCCCAAUGUAUCCUACUAGGAUCAUUUGUAUUGUGAAAUAUGUUAUUAAAGACAAUUAAAAAACACAUAAUGAACAAUUAUGACACAUUACAAACCAACAGGAACCAAUUAAAAAAAUUACCAUACCUUUGCUGAUGUUGAAUUGGUAGAAAAAUCCAUUAGAAACUGAUCAAGCCAUCAAAAUACACCCAAAACAAGUCACUUCCCCCUUUUACAUUGUGUUAUUUUAGUAUUUCCUGCUAUUACAAAUCAUCAGAAACCACCAGGAACUAACGGAUACCUGACCAGCCUUACUCUACCCCCAUUAAUCAAUGAAAAGAGAUCGCCAAAGGACCACAUCUGACCAGAUAUUGCUUAGGGGCCCCUUCGGUGAUCCUGUUGAACCGAUAAAUGGGGUGAAGUAAUCCAAUAGAAAACCAUAAAGCCAUCAAAUGCAUCUAGCACUGGUUUCUGGUCCCUUGGUUCAAAGCUAGGGCCAUUUAUAUUGCGAUGUUUUAGUGUUUUCUGGUGAUAUGAAGCAUUUUAAACCACCAGGAACCAAAUAAUCGAUGAAGAGAGAUCACCGAAGGACCAUGGUGUUGAACUAAUAAGUGAAGGAGAACGCAAUAAAAAUCCAUCAAACACAUCCAGUUUCUGGUCCCUCGGUUCAAAACUAGGAUGUCAUAUUUCAGUGAUAUUUUAGAAACCACCAGGAACCCAAAGAAAGUGGUUACUGUAAAAAGUGCAUUUCGAGCAGUAGAUAUGAGUGUAUAUGUAAAUACUCUGCUGUAAGAGUAGUAUCUUGGACCUCUAUAGUUGCCCAACCUGAUAAUAAUGGACAACCAUCUUCAUGAAAAUGCAGAUCCACCUGAUAAACUGGCACCUCAUAAUCCCACAAUGCACACUGAGCAGAAUUUUGAGCUGUCAGCAUUAGAGGAACUUUUCGACGCCAGCCUGAAAGAAAGCGUUUUCAUAUUUAGAGACAAUCUACGCUGACUCUGCAACGGCGGUUUCUUUUGUUGUUGUUGUUGUUGUUUUCCUUUCGCUGUCUUUCUGACUCACCGAGGUAAUGAAUGUCAAAAUCCCCCCGAUGUCUGCAAAAUCUCCAGAAACCAAAAUGAACAGCUCUCAGGAGCAUGACAAAAAAAUGAGGUCCUAAUCCUCUCUACCACGAAGCAACUGUUACUACACAAGCGGCGAAACAUCCUCUUUUUUUUUUUUUUUUUUUUGUCCCAGGCACCUAAAACUAAAUGCCUGUGACCUUUGGAGCAUCACAGAACAAGGACGCACCUAUUAGCUGAAUGUCACGACCGCUCAUUUAUUUGUAACGAGUGACGGAACCUCGUUCAACUCUCGAUCCAUAAUUCGUUUUUUUUAACGCUCGGGCGGCAGAUGUAUGCCGUCAGACGUCUCAAAGCGUGAAUUUCUGGCCGUGUUAAAGAUGUUACGAUUUCAGAUGAAGAGCUCUUGUCAAGGGUGUUUGAAGUCGGCGCUGUUCUGCGCUCCUGCCAGUUGCGGCUGAGGGGAUUACGAUGAAAAAAAAAACAAGGGGAAGUAUUUUAGCGAUCACAUGACGAGCUGAAUGGAACUUCCCGGACUAAGGAUUAAGCUCAAGAGUCGAGCGAUUUUCCACAGAGAAUCACCAGUGACGCUAACGAUUAGCACAAGACUUAAUCUGCGCUUGGGAAAGUGGCCAAGCUAGUGCUUUUAAUGCUAGUUUAUUUCUUAUGGCGAGGGAAACAGGAUAACACAUAAACGCGCGUAGAUUGCGGCUUUACAUGCAGUCAUUUAUCCUGGCUCCUUGUUUUCUUGCGGUCCGGCGUCCCUCGACCCAGUUCGCUUCGUUUCUUUCGAGAUGUAACGCGUUUUUUUUCUCACAAUUCGGAAUAAGAUGCGAAGUGAUACGAGGUGUAUCGUAUACAUAAAAAAGAACCACACUGUCUUAUCGUAUCAUUGCAGGGUUCGUGUAAUACCGAAGUUAUACUAUACAUUAUAUGGGCAAAAGUUUGUGGACAACUGACCGGAAGAUUUGAAUGUAAUUCUGGACCACAUUUCUUCUCCUUCACUGUUAUUAAAACCUCCACUCUUCUGGGAAGAUGUUCCACUAGAUUAUGUGGCGAAUUGUGCCCAUUCAGGUACUGAUAUAGGUGAGGUGAUGAGGCCUGGGGUGCAGUCAGCGUUCACAUUCUUCCCAAAGGUGUUCAAUAUGGUUUAGAGCUUUCACUCCAACCCGUGUAAAGUAGAUCUAUAUGGAGCUUGCUUUGGGGUCUUCUCAUGCUGAAACUGGUUUGGGUCUUCUAGUUUAAGUGAAGGAAAAAGUUCAUUCUCAGCAACCACAGACAUCUUAUACAAUUUUGUCCCUCAAAAAAAUCAGGUCAGGUGUCCUGAAACUUUUGUCUAUUUUGUAUAUUUUAAUUGACUUUAAGGAAUUAAAGUCUCAAACUCAAACCAUAAAAAAAACGAAUUUGAAGUGAGUUUUAAUAACUUAAAAAAUACACAAGAAUAUUUGAAGAAAAAAAAUAAUAUCCCAGUUAACAUUUUCUAAUAAUUGUGUAUAAUUUUUACACUAGUUUCAUAAAUCAUCUACACUAAAUAUAGCUCAAAUGUGCCUUAUACAGAGAUGGACAGUUUUCUCACCCAUUUUGUAUUCACAGUGGAUCAAUAAACUCAACAACCAGAAAAAGAAUCUAAACUACAUCAGAUCAACUUUUCUCAAAACAACCCUUUUUAUUUAGCAUGUAGCUCAGCUGAAAUAUAAUCGCUUUGUGUAUGUGCUGUAAACUGUAAUCCGCACUACUUGCUUUGAAUCCCAGCGCAUGCUGCACUACACGCUUCAGCUGGUUCAAAGAAACAAUAUUUUGCUAGUCGGCUAAAUUAGCAUGUCAGCGUAACAUGUAACUUUUUUUUUAAUUGUUGCAAAUUUUUACUCACUUAUAACUCAAAUUAUACUUCACCUCACACACACGGAGAGAAAAAUUAAGAUGCUAGCAAGACUGACAGUGAAGUAUUUUCCACAUGACCUGUGGAAUAAACACCACUUGCUGACAUUUCACAGAACAAGAAAACACAAUUAGAUUCGAUUUUUACAAUAAUCCUAUACAUUUCUCAGUUUCAUUCAACUUAGUCUUAAAUGCACUAAACUAGCUAGCGAGCUCAUAAAUAUAAUUAUGUUCUGCUCGCUGCCACUAUUUAUUUGCCUUCCAGGCAUUGAAAACACUGGCGUUUGCCUUUGUGUUUAGGUUAAUGAAUUUAUGAUUUGUCCAUCCCUGAUUUUUAUUUGAAUUUUUUGGACAAUUAAAAAAAAAUUUGCAUUUAAAAAAAAAGGGGAAAAUAGAAAACAUCCCAGUAACUACCACGAGGCCUUUUUUCUUUUUUCCUUGUUUUUCCGUUUUGCAAAUUUUAUUCAUUUCAUCUUUGACCAACAAAAAAAAGAAAACCUUUGAGUUUUGAUACAUUCCGUAUAAACCUGAUUAAAGCAGAGCCUCUCUGUUCGUGUGAAGGUUUCCUCGGUUAAACCGAUGCUAAGUGACCUUUUUCUGUCUUGUGAUGGAGCUCAGUGUUACGUGUUUUUUUAAAUCAUGGUUACGUGUUGCCGUUUUUGUCUCUCAUGACGUUUUGAAUACUACAAAAACAAGUCGAAGAAAAAACUCUGUACUUAUCAUGGCUCAUCCCGAGCACUUUUUAAUGCUGUACUGAUAAUUGUUACGUUCUCCUGACAGGUGGUUAAAUGUACUCAGUGUUCUGGCGUUGUCUCGUGCGUAAUUCAGGCUGUCUGUCAUACUCUUUGUCUGUGGUGCUGAGAUAAGAUUCGUUAAUGACGAUCAGCAGUCAGGUCUAGAGUGCUCUCUGUGAAGCGUGACUACCUGAAAGGGCCUUAACCAAAAUCCGCCGUGGCUACGUAGAUUCCUGACGUCGAAAGGGGACGAAAGCGUGUUUAGACGAGGAAUGCUUUGUGUCUGCUCCGUUGUGUUUAACAUACACAUCUACCACCUUCAGAGUUUUCUCAUUUGUUAUGCGUACAUGAACACAGUCACGACCUCGCCGACUUUCCGUAAAAGGCGCAUUUCCAUCUGGUCGAUUCCUCCUCCUGCAAACGAGCCAGAGAGAAAAAAAAAAAAGAAAACAAGCGUAGGAGACGAAACCUAGUGACAUUUACCCCUCGCUGCGGCUAAUGGACUACUCGACCCCCUUCUGGAAUGUUCUUGCCCCUCGUGGACAGAGCUAAUAUGCACUUUGCUCGUUUUUACGCAACCUUUUCAUGUGUCAAAAACUGCAGCGGUGCAGAGAGAGGUCAUUACGCAUAAUAACUCGUGGUUCCUUCACUCCAUUUCCUGUUUGCUUUUUUUCCUGGUGUGCUAAAAAAAAAGAGGGACCCAGGCAAAGGGCCAUGUUACUUUUCUGGCUUUUGUAUUAAAAAAAAAAAAAAUUAUGCUAUUCCUUAAAAAAAAAAAAAAUUCAUUUUUUGGAGGCUGUCUGCUUUUUUUUUUUUUUUUUUUGGAAUAUUAUUAAUAUUAUUGUUGUUCAUUGCAGCCAGUUGUAUAGCAUUAUCUCCACAAGAGCAGCCUGUAAGUAAUUGGACAUGAUCGCUUUUAUGUUGUUGUUGUUUCCGGGACACUGGAUUUGUACAAUAAAAAAUAAUGACCAUGAGAUUAAAGUGCAGACAGUCAGCUUUAAUUACAAGGGUAUUUAUAUCUAUAUUAUGAGGUAAGAUUUGGGUGUUUAUUCAGCUUCUUUCACAUCCAAGACAGAGAGAUAAAGAUUUUUUUUUUAAGUGUGAAUUUCCAAGUAUUUACAGUCUGCAUUGUAUUUUCAUGUCCUCUGUACAAUUUGUAUAUUAUAAAUAUGAUUUAUUUUGGUUUUGGCGUUUGAGUAAUUCUAACAUAAAUAUUCUAAAUAUG